AUGACAUUUACCAAUGUCCAGGAAGUUAGAAAAACACUUGCAACUUAUGCUAUUGCAAAGGGGGUUAAGUUGAAGAUAAAGCCUAAUGAGACCAAGAGAGUUAGGGUAGUUUGUGUUACCAAUGAAAACUGCCCAUUUGUGAUACAUAUUUCACAAAUUGGAGACACUGCAGGGCCACCUGUGAAGACCUUGAAGCCAAAACAUGACUAUUUCAUGAAGAAGAAACUGUACAAAAAGCCAAAAAUGGCCAGAAAAGACUUAAAGGCCAUUGUAGAAGAGCAACUGAGAGUCAGAGUGAGCAUUGCAAAAUGCAAAAGGGCUAAAAAGGAAAUAAGACAAGAAUUGAAUGGGAAGGUGGAGUUUGGGUAUUUGGAGGCCUAUGCUGCAGCUUUGAGAAGCAGCAAUCCUGGAACCACUGCUCACAUAGAUAUGUGUACUCAAAGUUUAAGAAAAGGAAAAAAGGUGUUUAAAAGAAUGUUUAUUUGCUUUGAUGCUUGCAGAAGGGGAUGGUUAGCAGGUUGUAGGCCAUUUAUUGGCUUAGAUGGGUUCUUCUUGAAAGGGGUCAGCAAAGGAAUUUUGCUAUCCGCAGUGGGAAAAGAUGGUAAUGAUAAGAUGUUUCCCAUUGCAUGGGCUGUGGUUGACAAAGAAACUAAGAACAACUAG